AUGAUGAAAGACGUGAUUAAUAACCAAAUCAAGAUCCCAGUUGAGUGGCACACAUCAAUACAUAAAAUUGGUCAGAAAUUUGAUAGUGUUGCUGAAGUUAGAUUAGCACUUCAAUACUACUCAAUUGUGAAAAGGUUCAAAAAUUUCUCAAUUAUGUCUAUAAAGAAUUUUUAUUCUACCCAUACUUGCGGUCAACAUGGAGCUAAUGCUGGCCACUCAAGGGCAUCAAGAAAGUUCAUUGCAAGCCAAAUACAAUAUAUUUUGAAGGUUAAGCCCGAUCUUCGUCCAAUUGAUAUCAAGAAUGACUUGUUCUCACACUAUAGCAUCAAGAUUAACUACUGUAAAGCGUGGCAAAGGAAAGAGAGAGCACAACAGGAACUGUUCAGUGAUGAUGAUGAGGCUUACGAUUCACUAAGAUGGUAUGAAGCCAUGGUUCAAGCAACUAAUCCAGGAAGUCGUGUUGCUACUGAUGCUAAUGACGGAAGGUUUAGGCGUUUGUUUAUAGGUUAUAAUGUCUGUAUUAAAGGGUUCAUUGCUGGGUGUAGGCCUCUCUUGUUUUUAGAUGGAACAUUUCUUAAAGACCGCUAUAGAGGUAAACUACUUAGUAUCACGAGAUGCGACGGUAACCAAAGAAUAUUUCCUCUUGCUUAUUGUGUAUGCGACCAGGAGAAUGAGGCUAAUUGGAAAUGGUUCUUACAAUGA